CACAUCCCGAUGCAGAGGAGAAGAUGGGCUGAAGGAGUAUAAUCAAUGGCAGCAGCAGACCCAUAAUCAUUUCAAGAUUAAAGAGCAUAACCUACCACCAGUCUCAACUACUGAAAAAACAGAGCCUUCGCUCAAUAUACCUCUGAAUGGCAAUGAGUCAAGUAAAGUUAGGCAGCUCUUGGUUUUGUCUCAAUCUCAGGACCAACAGAAACUUCCCUUAGAUACACAACACCAAUGGAUGCUAGGAAACGGUUUACCUAACUGCUGUGCCAAUGAGUGUGGAGUACAUUGUGGAAGCCAACAACCUUUCUUAAACCAGCAACUACAGCAACACCCUCAAAGGCAGCAGUGUUGUGACCAUCUUAGCAUCCUAAAAUGCCAUCAGGGUUCUCUCUACCCAUCCAGCAGCAGCCCACGAGUGAAUAAUUCAUUCCCGGCUGCUAGCGACAAAAGCAGUGUUCACUCCUCUUCCAGUAGCCAGCGGUGGCCGGAGAACCAUCAACUAGAGGGAGAAGGGCAACGACAAGGGGAGCAACAGGUACAUCCUCAUACCAAAAAGGUUGGCCAUGUUGGUUCAACGCCUUCCCUAUCCAAGAGCAGUAGCCCACUCCCUCCCGACACAGUUGUGACAAGCGCUAAAUACAAUGGGGAUGUUGGGAGACCCCUGAGCAGCUUAGGAGCUUCGCCACCCAACCUUUCAGAGCUGGACUCAGCAAGACAAGAGCCCCUCCAGACUCUCCACAGGUCCGUCCUGGAGGAGGUGUUCUCCAAAGGCCUCAGUGAGGACAAUAGUAAGGGCAACAGCGAGGGAGGAGGAGACGCGCCACAGAAGAGGACUAAGGACAUUGGCUACAGAUUGGGCCAGCGUAGAGCGCUAUUUGGAAAGCGCAAACAGCUGAGCGACUAUGCCUUGAUUUUCGGGAUGUUUGGGAUUGUUGUCAUGGUGACGGAGACGGAACUGUCCUGGGGGGUUUACACAAAGGAAUCCUCAUACUCAUUUGCUCUGAAAUGCCUCGUCAGCCUUUCAACUGCUGUAUUGCUCGGCCUCAUUGUGAUGUACCAUGCACGGGAAAUACAGCUCUUCAUGGUGGACAAUGCAGCUGACGACUGGAGGAUUGCUAUGACAUAUGAGCGGAUCUUCCUGGUUGUGUUGGAGCUGCUGGUCUGUGCCAUCCACCCCAUCCCGGGCCAGUACAUCUUCACCUGGACAGCCCGGCUGGCCUUCACCUACCCACACUCAUUGACCAAUGUCGACGUGGACCUCGUCCUCUCCAUCCCCAUGUUCCUCAGGCUCUACCUAAUCGGUCGCGUCAUGCUGCUGCACAGCAAGCUUUUCACGGACGCCUCGUCGCGCAGCAUCGGCGCCCUCAACAAGAUCAACUUCAACACGCGGUUCGUCAUGAAGACCCUCAUGACCAUUUGCCCCGGCACGGUGCUGCUGGUCUUCAGCGUCUCUUGUUGGAUCAUCGCAGCGUGGACGGUGCGUGUAUGUGAGAGGUAUCAUGACACACAGGAAGUGACUAAUAACUUCCUUGGGGCCAUGUGGCUCAUCUCUAUCACCUUUCUCUCCAUUGGUUAUGGAGACAUGGUCCCUCACACUUACUGUGGAAAGGGUGUGUGUCUGCUGACUGGAAUCAUGGGGGCUGGCUGCACUGCCUUGGUGGUUGCUGUCGUUGCCAGGAAAUCUGAGUUGACCAGAGCUGAGAAACAUGUUCACAACUUUAUGAUGGACACUCAGCUCUAUAAACGAGUGAAAAACACAGCUGCCAAUGUACUCAGAGAGACAUGGCUUAUCUACAAACACACCAAGUUAGUCAAGAAGAUCGAUCACGCCAGGGUUCGCAAACAUCAGCGCAAAUUUCUGCAAGCCAUUCACCAACUGCGCAGAGUCAAACUGGAACAGAUGAAACUCACCGACCAGGCUAACACACUUGUGGAUCUAGCCAAGACUCAGAACAUGAUGUACGACCUGGUGUCUGACCUGCAGCUGCGCAGCGAGGAGCUGGAUAGGAGGAUUGGUAGUUUGGACGACAAACUGGACUCCAUCCUAGUCAAUCUGCAGGCCCUACCCAGCCUGCUCUCCCAAGCGGUCACACAGCAGCACAAGGACUUCCUGGAUGGCUUGGCCCACCGUGUACGGAAAGCCUCGUCGGAAUCGGAGCUUCAAUGGGUUCCCGCUAGGUGCCAACGGUCCCUUUCCUCUGCACCACAGACCGACCAUACCUUACAGCUGACAGCCUAGCCACAUUGCCACGAUUGUGACAUUAAAUGGAUUUAUUUGUGUAUUUCAUACUACCCCAGGGACAGGGGCAUUAUAUCCUCUGAUAAUGCAUUUGAGCAUGGUUAUAUCUCUCCAGCCCCAUCCCUCAGCUGUUUACUAAAAGUAGUAGCGGGCGGACGGUUUGUUUUCUUCAAAAUCCUGGAUUGCCAGUCUGUGUACCUGGGCCAUUCUUGAAUAACGGUGGCAUUUUAGGAAAAAGUCACUUUUUUGUGCAGUCCCCCCCAAAAAGGGAAAAAUGCUAGUCUUAAUAAAAUCUCAUUACACCAUCGUGCUAGGGUGGCUAAUGCUGCCCCCGUAUUAGCCACCCUAACUAUUUCCCGCUACGUUACCUGCGUUGGGACACCAAAGACCAGACAACAUAAUUUGGCAAAACUUGGGGCUGUCUCAUUAAGUUCUAAACGAUGCUUCAGAUUUAUACCCCGUGACGUGUCUGGGUUUCCCCUUUUGUCUGUGGUGUAACCGCCUGCAUUAUAGCUGUCAAAUCAGUGAGCUGCUUUUGUAGUAGUCAUGAAACCACACCCGCUUUAGAAGUUUAGAACGAGAAACUGCAGGCUAUAUAGAAAUAAUGACAAUUACAUUUAAAACGAUUAAAUAUCAAGGAUUUAUCAGACUAAAUCGGUGUACAUUACAUCACACAUUCCAGUGUUUGAACUUAUAACAGUUGCAUGGAAUUUCUACUCAGUUCAUUCCAUGGCAAUGUCCGCGAUAGAUAACGUCAAGAGCGGCUUGUAGAUUUGACAGGUCGAACAUUACACAUCUGACACCGUCUAAACAAAAGCAAUGAAAAGCCACAUAUGCAUUUGUCAGCUAAAUGUGGGUUACUUCUGAUCUUGGCCUAAGAGAGUACCAAGAGUCAUAAUACCUAGUGGUCAAACAGGGAAAUGGUUCCAAUUGUUUUUUCCACCAUUACAUUUUCCCCAUAGUUGAUUUGAGAAAACUUCAAAUUAGGGUUGUGUUCCAUGCAGGCUUACCCUGGCGUGACAUUUUGAUAACUAUGUAAAUCUCUCUAGGACAAGGUUACAAUAUAUUUGUCUGUAUUUACCUCCCCAAAAUUAAAAGCUAAUUAGCUGCUAAUGUGGCUAUUAUAAAAGAACUACAAAUGCCGUAAUGAUCUGGACGAGACUGCCGAAUUGAGGCAAAGGUAAGAAUCUCUGGAUUAAUAACAAUGUAAUGUUUGCUAAAUGUAGUAAUGGAUAAAUAGGCUACAUUUCUUUAAAAAAUGGACAAUCUGUAAACUGUCUUGUGCAAGUUUUAUAUUGGACAAUACCCGUUUGCAAGGAUUUGUAGUUUGCAUGGGAAAAAUGAAUGUUGGUAAAACAAUUGGAACCAUUUUCUUGUUAGACCACUAGGUUUUGUGGGUACUCUGACACACUGUGGGGCUCUAUUAUGGCCGGGAUUCAAUGCGAUUGCGCUUUGUCAGAAACAUACCUUUUAAAGGCGCAUGUGUUCCUGCAUUCACGGAACCGCAUCACAGAGGUAUAAUAAGAACAUUCUGCGUUCAUGGUAGAUGCUGCAUAUGUCCGCUCAAUCGCAAACUACCUGGCACAUUGUCGACAAAGCGCGAUUGGAUUAAAUCCCGGCCUAAAUUUUCCAUAUAAUUUUUUUGUUUUACUAUAAAGUAGUCAAACAUGUUUUUUGAAGACCACAUUUAUUGAAAAGACAAUCAAAAGAAAUCUAAAGAAAUUAGAAACAAUCCUUAGUAAAGAAAAAAUAUAUAUAAAUUACAAGCAAUCUACAUCUCUGCAACAAAAAACAAAAACAUUUCCAGAGAAGAAUCUUACUGAGGGUUGGGAGAUUAGAUUUUGUGGCAACAAUCUACAAACAAAGACAUAGAAAAUUGUAAUAAAAUGUUAACCAACAGGCUUUGUUUUGCAUUCAGUUAGGUAUUAACUUUAUUAUAAUUCUCUAUACAUAACAAAUACACACAUUUCCCUGAGGAAACAAUUCCACUGGAAGUUCUACAGACUCAGUGGCUGAUAUGUUCUAAAUGCCUCAAUGGUUCGUUUCAAACACUUAAUAAAAAAAAACAGGUGAUUACAGAUGUCAACAACCGGUAUAAUGUACCUUUUAAGAGCAUAGAGUUUCAGCAUACACUUCAUUGCUAUGAUAUAGCCAUAUCUGGGUCAAAUAUGAUUUAUCAGAAAAACAAUUUGUAAGUUUUAGGGUUAUCAUUAUUGAUUCAAAGUUGAAGCAUUAAGGUGCAUGGUUAUGACUGUUGAGAGAAUCAUUCCCCUAGCAGCAAAACAAUCGUCUCUAGAGGAGAGGGGUUGUGAUAUCCACAGCAAUGCACACUCUUCAGCCUGUACAUUAUGAUUUUACAUACAGACUGUGUAUAAAAAUAUUUUAGGUGCCAGGUGCUAGUGAAAACGAACAUUCAACUAAAGAUUGUCAGAAUAUUUCUGCCCAGAAACAAUAUUUGUCAAACUGAGGUGCCAAUACAAUGCCUUCGGAAAGUAUUCACACCCAUUUACUUUUUACACAUUUUUGCUGGAGUGAGAGUUUUUGGUCAACGAUCCACACACAAUACUCUGUCAAAGUAGAAGAAAAAUAAUAUAUUUAUAUAACAAAUAUUUAUUGAUUAGAUAAGUAUUCAAUACGUUAGAAUCACCUUCGGCAGCAAUUACAUCUGUGAGUGUUUUGGGGUAAGUCUAAGAGCUUUGCAUACCUGGCUUGUACAAUAUUAGCCUAUUAUGCCAUUUAAAAUUCUUCAAGCUCUGUCAAAUUGGUUGUUGAUGAUUGCUGGACAGCCAUUUUCAAGUCCUGCCACAGACUUUCAAGCAGAUUUAAGUCAAAACUGUAAUGAGGAACAUUCAAUGUCUUGGUAAGCAACUGCAGUGUAUAUUUGGCUUUGUUUUUUAGGUUAUUGUUGACAGGUGAAUUUGUCUCCCAGGAAAGCAAAUCAGGUUUUCCUCUAGGAUUUUGCCUGUGCUUAGCUCUAGUUCAUUUAUCUUGAUCCUAAUUAACUCCCUGGUCUUCACCAAUGACAAGCAUACCCUAACAUGAUGCAGCCACCACCAUGCUUGAAAAUAUGAAGUGUGGUACUCAGUGAUGUGCUGGAUUUGCGUCAAACAAAACACUUUGUAUAUAGGUCAAAACGUUCUUUACCAAGUGUUUUGCAGUAUUGCUUCAGUGCCUUGUUGCAAACAGGAUGUAUGUUUUUGAAUGUUUUUAUUCUGUACAGGCUUCCUUCUUUUCACUCUGUCAAUUAAGUUAGUAUUGUUGGGUAACUACAAUGUUGUUGAUCCAUCCUCAGGUUUCUCCCAUCACAGUCAUUAAACUCACAAUUUUAAAAAUCAGUAUUGGUCUCAUGGCGAAAUCCCCGAGCGGUUUCCUUCCUCUCCGGCUACAGAGAUAGGAAGAACACCUGCAUCUUUGUAGUGACUGGGUGUAUUUAUACAUCCAAAGUGUAAUUAAUAACUUCACCACCCUCAAAUAUUGUCUGCUUUUUGUUUUCUACCAAUAGGUGCCCUUUUUUGCGAGGCAUUGGAAAACCUCCCUGGUCUUUGUUGUUGAAUCUGUGCUUGAAAAUUACUUUUGAACUGAGGGACCUUCCAGAUAAUUGUAUGUGUGGGGUAGUCAUUCAACAAUAAUGUUAACAACUAUUAUUGCAUGCAACUUAAGCACAUUUGUACUCCUGUACGUAUUUAGGCUUGCCAUAUGAAAUGGGUUGAAUAGUUGACUCAAGACAUUUCAGAUUUUCAUUUUUAAUUAAUUUGUCAAAUAAAUUCUAAAA